GUAAAAAUAAUAAACAAGCAGUUUGUGUCGCGCCUGCGCCGCGUCCGCACGUCUUUAAAUAAAAAUACAAAAUGGCGGCGCGUACUAUCCUAAACACACAGUGUUUGUUCACAUUGUCGAGACGUGCAUACAGCUCGACAGGGGACAAGAAUGUUGCAUUCCUUGGCCUUGGAAACAUGGGAGGGUAUAUGGCGGCGAAUUUAGUCAAAAAGGGUUUCACUGUACGAGGUUAUGAUCCUUCGAAGGAGGCGUUGGCAGCCGCAGCUAAGGAUGGUAUCACAGGCGCUAACUCCAUCGCGGCGGCUGUAGAUGGCGUGGAUGUGGUAGUCUCCAUAUUGCCCAGCAACAAAGUGGUGUUAGACGUUUAUCUUGGAAAUGAUGGCGUAGUUAAACAUGCUCCCAAAGGCUCACUCCUAAUUGACUCCAGCACGGUGGACCCGAACGUGCCCAAGCAGAUAUUCCCGGUGGCAAUUGAGAGUGGAGUAGGCUUCAUCGAUGCACCGGUAUCGGGAGGUGUGAUGGGAGCCCAAAACGCCACUCUCGCAUUCAUGGCUGGGGGCCGUAAGUCAGACUUCGACAGGUCCGUUCCCUUGCUGAAGGCUAUGGGGGCGAAGCAGUAUCACUGCGGAGACAUUGGCUCAGGCCAGGUGGCCAAGUUGACCAACAAUAUGUUGAUGGGCAUCACUGGCAUGGCUACUGCUGAGUGCAUGAAUAUGGGUAUAAAAAUGGGUUUAGAUCCUCAAGUACUUUUGGACGUGCUGAACAACUCUUCAGCCCGCUCAUGGUCUACCGAGGUCUACUGUCCUGUGCCUGGGUUAGUCCCAACAGCGCCAUCUAGCAGGAACUACGACGGGGGCUUCAAGAAUGAAUUGAUGGUCAAGGAUUUGGAACUGGCCAGUGGAAUGGCGCUCGGUAUCAGAUCACCAAUUCCUCUCGGGGCGGUCGCCACGCAGCUUUACCGCAUUGUGCAGUCGAGAGGCUACGGACAGAAGGACUUCUCGUUUGUAUACCAACUGCUUAAAGAGGAGAAUCAGAAAAACUAGAAUAAAUCGUUAAAAAAAUAGA